UUGAAAAGGGUUAAUUAGGGUUUAGAUAUGGACAUGAUUAGUGAUCUGUCCGAUGACUUGCUCUUGAAGAUUUUGUCAGAACUUCCUACCAAAUAUGUAGUUGCCACAACGCUUUUGUCGAAACGAUGGAAGUUUCUUUGGACGAUGGUUCCGAAAUUUGAUUUUGAUGAUAAUUUGGAACCCGAGCCUUCUAAUUACGGGAGUUUUCUCAAGUGUGUAGACAGAUCAAUGGUGUUGCAUAGAGCUCUGGUUCUAGAAACUUUGAUUGAAGUUGGUCCUUGUUGCAGGUCUAAAGAUAUGAUAACGUGGAUCAGAAUUGGAAUGGUUCGCGGUGUGCGUGAACUCGACAUUCGCCACUGUAGUGAUUAUUUCAAGAUACAUAGCUCAAUCAAAUUACCAAAGAGUCUUUAUACAUAUGAAACGCUCGAGGUCUUGAAACUCGCUUACGCGGUUAUUUUGGAUGUUCCUAUCGAUGUUUGUCUUCCGUCCUUGAAAUCAUUACACCUUGUACGUGUAGAGUACAAAACCAUAUCAUCUCACCGUCGGCUUUUAUCUGGUUGUCCUGUUCUUGAGGAGUUGGUGUUGGACAAGACUAAAAACAACACGUAUCUGCGAUCGUCGUUCUAUGUUGAAAUUCCUACCUUACAGAGAUUAUCUAUACUUGAUAGAUCUGACUCAAUAAACUACGACUACGACGAAGAUUGGGUACAUAAGAUUGUGAUCAAUGUACCAUCUCUGAAGUACUUGAACUUUGAAGAUUUCUAUGGUCAUGACUUGUAUUUGUGUGAGAAUAUGCCUGAGUUUAUGGAGGCAAUUGUUAAAGUUGUUUAUAACAGUCCCAAGAAGCUACUGGAAUCUCUUCCAUCAGUCAAGAAUCUCUAUUUAUGUUCAACUGCUUCAAAACCUUCAAUGCACCGUAUUGGAUUUUAUCAUCUUGUUCAUUUGGAGAUAUGUCAACACUCUCCAGGGUGGUGGGAUCUACUUUCUUGGAUGCUUGAUAGUUCUCCUAAACUACAAGUUCUCAAGCUCAACAAGUGCAAAGAACGCCCUUGUUUCACAUCGUUCAUCGAACAUUGCUGGAGAGGACCGAGUUCAGUUCCUGAAUGUUUGCGGUUGCAUCUCUCUACUUUUGAGUGGAAAUAUUACAAUGGAAGAGAUGAGGAGAAGAAAGUAGUGGCGUACAUCUUAAAGAACGCAAGACAGCUAAAGACCGCGGCUUUCUCUGUUCAAAGAGUGUUUACCACGGAAGAGCGAUUUCAAAAACACAAGGAGUUGGUUUCUCUGCCUAGAGCUUCAAGCUCAUGUAAACUUAUGUUGGAUUGAAAAGAGAUUGUAACAGUCUGUUGACUCUGUUCCAAGAAAGCUAGAGGCUUUUGGUCUAAAAGUUAGAUGUGUUGAGAAAGCUCUUAUUAUAGCUUCUUAUGGUG